AUGCUAUCCCGAAGCAUCUACCGCCAGGCGACACGCCUCGGCUUUGCAGCUUCGUCAAAGAUUUCUGCUCGGGUUGUCGCCCCAACUGUCGUCAAUGCAGUCAGAACCUAUGCCGCCGACGCGAAAGCCUCCCCAACUGAGGUCUCGUCUAUCCUCGAGCAAAGAAUAAGAGGUGUACAGGAAGAAGCUGGCCUCGCUGAAACAGGAAGAGUUCUCAGUGUCGGUGAUGGUAUUGCUCGUGUCCAUGGUAUGAGCAAUGUCCAGGCUGAGGAACUGGUCGAAUUUGCUUCUGGUGUUCGUGGCAUGUGCAUGAACUUGGAAGCUGGUCAAGUCGGUGUUGUGUUGUUCGGUUCCGACAGAACUGUCAAGGAAGGCGAUACCGUCAAACGAACAGGUCAGAUUGUCGAUGUUCCUGUCGGUGAGGCUAUGCUUGGUCGUGUCGUCAACGCCCUUGGUGAGCCAAUCGACGGAAAGGGACCAAUCAAGACCACCCAGAGAAUCCGAGCUCAAGUCAAGGCACCUGGUAUUCUGCCCCGAAAAUCCGUCAACCAGCCUGUACAGACUGGCUUGAAGGCCAUCGAUGCCAUGGUUCCAAUUGGUCGUGGUCAGCGAGAGUUGAUCAUUGGUGAUCGUCAAACUGGUAAAACUGCCGUCGCUCUUGACUGCAUGUUGAACCAAAAGAGAUGGAACGAUGGUGGUGAUGAGACCAAGAAGCUCUACUGCAUCUACGUCGCUGUCGGCCAGAAACGAUCCACCGUCGCUCAGCUCGUCAAGACUCUUGAGGAGAACGAUGCCAUGAAAUACUGCAUCGUCGUCGCUGCCACAGCCUCCGAAGCCGCCCCACUACAGUACAUCGCUCCUUUCACUGGUUGUGCGAUUGGGGAGUUCUUCCGUGAUUCUGGCCGACACGCUGUUAUUAUCUACGACGAUUUGACCAAGCAGGCCGUUGCUUACCGACAAAUGUCUUUGUUGCUCCGACGACCUCCAGGCCGAGAGGCUUACCCAGGUGACGUUUUCUACCUCCACUCCCGACUUCUCGAGCGAGCUGCCAAGAUGAACGACAAGCACGGUGGUGGCUCCCUUACUGCUCUGCCCGUCAUUGAGACCCAGGGUGGUGAUGUGUCUGCCUACAUUCCAACCAAUGUCAUUUCUAUCACUGAUGGGCAAAUCUUCUUGGAGGCUGAAUUGUUCUACAAGGGUAUCCGACCUGCCAUCAACGUCGGUCUUUCUGUCUCUCGUGUCGGUUCCGCUGCUCAGCUCAAGGCCAUGAAACAGGUCGCCGGUUCGUUGAAGCUUUUCUUGGCUCAAUACCGAGAAGUCGCUGCCUUUGCCCAGUUCGGUUCCGAUCUUGAUGCUGCCACCAAGCAGACAUUGAACAGAGGUGAGCGUCUUACAGAAUUGCUCAAGCAGAGACAGUAUCAGCCUAUGGCGGUCAACGAGAUGGUGCCACUCAUCUUUGCUGGUGUCAAUGGUCUUCUCGACAACAUCCCAGUCAGCCGAAUCACACAGUGGGAGAAGGACUUCUUGCAGGACGUUAAGACCAACCACUCCGACAUUAUUGAAACGAUUGACAAGGAGGGCACAAUCAGCAAGGACCUUGAGAACAACAUGAGAGAAACUAUUCAGAGCUUCAACAAGUCUUUCAUGUCAUAG